AAAAGUGGAAGAUUUUGACUUUCUUUGUUUUUUAAAUUAGAUUUAAAUUCUUCUUCAGUGACAGACAUGCUGAUCUUCACUCCGCUCUGUUUCCACCUGUGCUGGAUGCUGACUAUGGACCUCAUGCUGUUUACUAGUGGUGCCAAGGUCAUCCAUCUGGACAUGGCUGAAGAGUCCGUUGACGACAUGUAUGAUGGCUGCAGUGACUCAAUGCCGAAAAUCCUGGACCAGCAUUUCUCUAAGGAGAAGAAAGGCCUCUGGACAAUAAGUAACGGCUGUGCAAAUGAAAAACUAAAAGAAAGAGGUCCAGAGGACAWGGCUCUGACCAAAGAGCAUUUGCAAGCUAUCUGUAUGUACACACGUUCUGGGUAUGAUGAGAUCAAUAAAGCCGUCAGGGAACAAAAGAAUACAUACGGUGGAUCAUUCAAGUACCACAUUUUACAUUUCUAUCUGACCACAGCCUUACAAAUCCUGAAACAUAACCAACAAUGUCACACCACCUAUAGACGGACUAGGGAUACUUAUGAAGGUCAAGUCGGCCAUGAAAUCAGAUUUGGCUACUUUGUUUCCACCUCCAAAGAUUCUCACUUGACUCGAUUUGGUGAGGAGACCUGCUUUAARAUUCAAACCUGUUUAGGCGCAGAUCUGAAACAUUAUCCGUAUCGUGGUGAAGAUGAGAGUGAAGUUCUAAUCCCACCAUAUGAGACGUUCACCAUCAAGGAAAGACUCCCAAAAGGUAAAGGACCUGAAGGUCUCAAAGACUGUAAUCUUGUUUAUGUCUUGGAGAAUAAAGGGCAUAAGAGCAAUCUGAACUGUAAACUGGUUAAAAUGUUCAGUGGUCCGUCACAACCACACGGGUAAAGUUAAGUCUUGUUCUGUCAUAUUUCAGCUAAAUCUUUUGUUAGCAAAGGUUACUGUAUUGUGCAGUCAUGUUAAACAACAAAUGUAUUGCAGAGAUUCAUACUUAUGCUACAAACAUUUACAUAUAACUUAAACAUCAAUCUUGGAUGUUUUGUUAUAUUGUUGUUUCCAUAUAAAAAAAACUGUAUGGCACAGGGAACUUCUUGCUUUUGCUUUGUGCAUUUUAUUGUGGAAAAGCUGAAAUAAAACACAUGAAACAUGA